CAGUAAAAUUCAGCUCAAAAUAAUACUUCAAUAAGCUCAAUCAGCAAAAAAGCUCAUUUGCACAAGAAUUCGCAGAAUUUAUACAUUACAAAGCUUCAUCAACAGGAAGGAGCGAAGGUCACAAUAAUGGCUACGAUGAGAAGGCAGCCUAAAGCUGUUUUUAUGGCCUUUGGGACAAAAGGCGACGUGUACCCAAUAGCUGCAAUCGCCACAGCUUUUGCAUCUGACCAGGUGCAGUACCAUGUGGUUUUUAUAACACAUUCUGCACAUGAGGACUUAAGAGAGCAUCUAAGCAGUGAAAAUAUAUCAUGUUUUACUGUUUCAUCUCCUCCUGCUCUUUCUCCCUGCGAAGAUAACAAUACUUCAGGUUCUGUGCAGUUUUCCUUCAAUGAAAAGAAACAGAAAUUUAAAGCAGAACAUAGACAAGAAUGUAUCGUCAUAUUCGAAAAUAUAUUUGGUGAUAUCCCGUCCAUGGAGGGCGAUCUAGUUAUAAUAAACUUUUUUGCAUUGGAAGGUUGGAGCCUUGCCGAGCUUUUUAAAGUUUGCUGCGUAGUAGCAGCUCCUUAUGUUGUUCCUUAUAGUGCUCCUUCAUCGUUUGAACAGAAAUUUAGUGAAGAGCUUCCCCUUUUAUAUGAAUAUCUUCAAACUGCUCCAAGUGAGAAGAUUGGCUGGAAAGAUGUUGCCCACUGGAUGUGGCCUCUUUUUACUGAAGAUUGGGGAACAUGGAGAGCUACGAAGGUAAAGCUAAGUCCCUUGCCUUUCACUGAUCCAGUUACAAGUCAUCCAGUGUGGUACAGCAGGCCACCUUCUCCUUUGCUACUGUAUGGUUUCAGCAAAGAAGUUGUAGAAUGCCCUGGUUAUUGGCCUUCAAAUGUUCAUGCUUGUGGCUUCUGGAGUCUUCCUAUGGAGUGGCAGUUCUCUUGCAAAGAAUGUGCAAAAAUUCCAGUCUUAACCUCUUCAGAGAAUUUGAACAUGAAAGCUGAGCUGUGCCCAGCUCACACUGAACUGCAACACUUUUUAAAUGCUCCAGAAUCACUACCACCGAUUUUCAUUGGCUUGAGUUCUAUUGGAAGCAUGGGCUUUAUGAGAAAACCUCAGUUGCUUAUUCAAGUUCUUCAAAGUGUGAUAGAGGUAACCAGUUAUCGGUUUAUUCUUUUCUCAUCUGGACAUGGACCACUGGAUGCUGCAACAAGUGUGCUUGCUGCAGCAACAUCAUCACUUUCAGAAAAAGGAGAAUUUACGAAGGACGGAAUUUUGCUGUUUAGUGGCCGCCUUUUUUGUUUCUCAGGUUCUGUACCUUACAAGUGGUUGUUUCCGAAAUGUGCUGCUGCUAUACAUCACGGGGGCAGUGGAUCAACCGCAGCAGCUUUACAUGCAGGAAUUCCACAGAUAGUGUGCCCGUUUAUGCUUGAUCAAUUUUAUUGGGCAGAGAGGAUGUUUUGGGUGGGAGUUUCGCCAGAACCUCUAAAGAGGAAUCAGUUGCUUCCGAAUGAAGAUGAUGAAAUUAGCAUAAAGGAAGCUGCAAAUUCUCUUGCCAGAUCAAUUGAUUAUGCUUUAUCUGCUAAAGUGAAAUCAAAAGCCUUAGAAAUAGCUCGAAGAUUGUCUUCUGAGGAUGGCGUGGUGGAAGCAGUGCAGAUAUUAAAAGCAAGUAUUUCGAGCCAAUCUUUUACCAGAAGACCAUAAACUUGAAGCUUGAGAAGGUUAUUCAACAAUACACUCUAAACUUAUGAUGUUAAAGAUUUAAAUGUGGCUUGGAACUGAGCUUAAGUCUUCAAACAAUGUUGUAUGUUAAUACUGUUAAUAUUUGUGAUGCAUAAAACUCGGUGUAUACUGUUAAUGAAUUGCAUUAGAAGAUGAAAAGAAAUUACUAUA